UGAUUUUUCUGUCGCUUUGCGGGCAAUGUAGCAGUCAGCGAUGUCCGGUUGACUGGAUGGAUGGCCCCUUAAAAAUAAAUUGUUACUAUUUCGGAGUCGGCGUACCAAGAAAAUCAUGGUUUGCUGCCCGAGACCACUGUCUGUCGUUCCAGUCUGACCUCGUAAAAAUCGAUGACACUACAGAAAAGGCAUGGCUGCUUGAGAAAAUCAAACAGUUAUCAAAUACGUACCCCGGGGAGCAGGAGUUCUGGGUGGGGCUGACCAAUACUGGGGAAAAUGAAACGAUAUGGAGCUGGCCCGAUGGAUCAACCCUACCCACUAAUUUGCUACGCUGGGGAUCUGGAGAACCAAGUGACCCUGAUACAGAGAGAUGCGCCGAAAUCUGGGAUAACCUACUCAAUGAUAAAUCAUGUCUCACACCGAUUGAGUAUGUCUGCGAGCGAUCUAAAUUGGUACCCCUGACCUGUGACGUUGACGAUGGCUGGCAGUACUAUUCUGGAUCCUGUUAUAAAUACAUAUCAGGUUACAGAACCUACAAUCAAGCGAGACAAUCCUGUUUGAAUAUGGAUGCGAAUUUGGCUGUAGUGAAUAAUGACAACGAGCAAAGGGCGGUUAAUCAUAUGGUUACCAUGAUAAGUAGUUCUCAGAAUGCAUGGAUUGGCCUACACAUGGUUAAUAACUCCUGGGUUCUCACCAACAACACCAGGUUGUCUCCAGCGUCCAUGCAGUACUGGCAAAGUCGACCGACAUUUGAUGGAACGUCCAACUCCGUUUGUGUUGCGAUCAACGCUACAGCAAAUGGGGACAAUUCUUGGUAUGCGGAGAGCUGUGAUCAGGGCCUGUCAUAUAUAUGUCGAAAGCCAGAAGGUGUUUGUCCAAGCGGAUUUGACCAGCAUCAGACAAAAUGUUACUUACCGGUUUUCACUCCAGACACUUGGAACAGCGCUAGCGCUUAUUGUAACCGCUUGGUGAACGGAGGACGCCUUCUGGACAUUAGGAGUUCCACAGAGAAGACUUACCUUGUCAGCUAUAUGAGGCAGCAGAAGAAACGUGGAAUGGAUAGAUCAUGGCUUGGUCUAUCUCGACGUAACAAUGAUGAGAUGUGGACGUGGACAGAAAAUCAGCCCGAUCAGCUUACCUACUUUAACUGGGCCGCUGGAGCAUCCAGCAGGAUUUCAACAGGCCGUAGCUGUGUAUUCGUAUACGCAGAUGACAGUAACGGUAAAUGGAGAUCGGAUUUAAGCUGCGAGCAGAGGAUUCCAUUUGUGUGUGUGACGAGUGUGGACCGACCACAGCUGACCACAACCACUACCACAACAACAACCACCACUACCACUACGCCAACACCACCAACGACAAAAAAUAUACCCUCGACACCUCAAUCGGGAUUAGUCGCAACUAGAACAACAAUACCAUUAACAAGUUCGACUACGGUGCCAACAACAUUACCGACAGAUCCACCAGUGACCUGGAGUGCAAGGUGUGGUCCAUUUUGGGAAGAAGCUCAUUAUUCGGGAAUAUGUUACAAAUUCAGCGACGAGAAACGAACUUGGAUUGCCGCUGAAAAUCACUGCAAAGCAGCUGGUGGCUAUCUUCUCAGCAUUCUUGGGGCUCACGAGCAAUUCUAUAUAGGAGGAAGAAUAAGGUCGAUGAGGUCAAGCAAUCUCUGGAUAAGUGCAAACAGUAGGAGUGAUGGGGGAGGAUGGGAAUGGACAGACGGUUCACCAUUCGGUUUCGUUAACUGGGAGCCAGGUCAACCUGACAGCAGUGAUAACACAGAGGAUUGUGUCAGCAUGAUUGUCAAGACAUCGAGAUGGGAAGAUAACUCUUGCAAUGACAAAAAUGGAUUUAUCUGCAAGAAACAUGGUCUAACUCCGUCUACCGUUCUGCCCAAAAGUCCGACCCUCGGACCCAUUCCUGGUGAUGAUCAAUACUACGGUUGUCCAGCUGGUUGGAAAUCCUUUCAGCAUUCUUGCUUCAUGGUUCAACGGUCGCGUAUGAUAUGGUUGGAUGCUCAGAAAGCUUGUCGGUCUAUGGGCGGGGACCUGGCUACAAUCGACAACGAAGAUGAACAUAAUUUCCUUCUAAGCCAACUGCCAAAAUCACAUUGCUAUAACAUGCACCACAAUGACACACAAUGUGAUGUGUGGGCAGCUAAUGGAGAAUGUUCUAUAAAUCCAAGAUGGAUGGCUACGCAUUGCCACCUGGCUUGUAAAAUCUGUAUACAGGAUUGCAAAGAUCUAUACAACACAGUGGAAUGUGCUCGUUGGGCAAAAAUAGGCGAGUGUGAUAUAAACCACGACUGGAUGCUGAAGCAGUGUCCUCUUUCCUGUGGUAUUUGUGAUAGUGUUGUCUACGGAGGAUUCUGGAUAGGUCUUCAUGACAGAACUGAUCACAUGACGUUUCAAUGGAGUGACGGAAGCAGAGUUAAGUAUACAUACUGGGCGGAGAAUGAACCCAACAACUUUGGACGCAGGGGAGAGGAGUGUGUUGCCAUGUAUCUUCAGAAUGGAAAGUGGAAUGAUGCCCGGUGUGACGAUCCUUUACCGGGACAUAUAUGCCGCCAACCUAAAAGUCUCCAGCCCAAGACCACACUCUCGCCACUUGGUGUUGGCUGCACUAACGGGAGUAUCGGUUACAGUGCGUUCUGCUACUUUAUGCGUUACGAUAGACUGUCAUGGCAAGUUGCGGAGGACACAUGUCAACGGGAUGGAGGGCAUCUUGCUACGUUAAAUGACAGGUAUGUCCAGUCUUUCAUUGCUAGCCAGAUAGUUGGAAAGGAAGGACAAUUUUGGAUCGGUUUAACGGAUCAGUAUAAUCCAGGAACAUUUGAUACAUGGAACAGCGGUGUCGAAUUGACUUUCACGCACUGGGGAAAAAUGAAAAUGAAUACAGUCAUUGACGAUGAUCCUGCGUGCGUCGCCAUGUCGACAGACCAUCCAGUGGGUAUGUGGAUGAAAACAAAUUGUUCGAUGGAGAGCUGGUCUAUAUGUGAAUACCCAAGAAGUGGUUUCACCACAACCACUACAACCACUGUUAGUACAACCACCUCUCCACCAUCUACAUGUGCAGAAGGCUGGUCCAACUACACCGAUAACUGCUACAAGGCUUUUGUUGGAGGCGAUAAGUUGCCAUGGCUGAAUGCACGUUCCAAGUGUAGAGCGUUUGGUGGGGAUUUAUUGAGUAUUCACGGAAUUGGUGAAGAGGAGUUUAUAUAUGAAACUCUUAUGAAGAGGACAUUGAUGCCCAUAUGGAUUGGACUGAACGACAGAGACUUCGAAAAUGGAUUCACGUGGUCCGACGGAACACCCGUGGAUUUUACCAACUGGGAUGCUGCUGAGCCUAAUGAUGGCUGGCACCAGGAAGACUGUGUAGAAAUCCCUGCUUGGUCUCGAGAGUGGAACGACAAUAAUUGCUACAAAGCACAAUCUUUUGUCUGUAAAAUAAAGAAAGGUUUCCCGUUGAUUGAAGUGGAAAAUCACACUGAUACAUAUUCAGCAGAGAAGUGCGGCGGCAAGGACAGUGAAUGGUAUUUCCACAAUGGGUUCUGUUACAAUUUUGUGAACAGAAUGGCGGAUAGAGUUACGUGGUAUGAGGCCAGGGAGAGCUGCCAAGCCAAUGAUAGUUAUUUAGUCAGUGUUCAUUCACAAGACGAGUCCAACUUCCUCAUAUCAUUGACUACGAUGGGGAUUAAAUCCAUUGGGCAGUGGAUUGGCUUGAGUAACUUGCAUCUUGAUGGCUACACAUGGUCAGAUGGCACACCCGUUGAGUACACUCAUUGGCUCCCGCGCCAAUCAGGUGAUAACAUUCCAUUUCAAAGAUGUGUAUCGAAAGUAAAUAGUGGGUUUUGGGUCAGUGUUCAUUGUAACGAGAUGGUUACUGGAUAUAUCUGUAAGAAGCCCAACAAUACUGCUAUUAUAGCGACACCCCAACCAUCACCUCAACCUCUCCCUUUGGGUGGAUGUCCACAUGAUUUUAUACCGUCACCAUAUGAUGACAAAUGCUAUUAUAUUUCAACUCCUACUGACGGCCAAGUCCAAUAUAUUCAUGCUGGAACGAAGUGUGAAAAAAAAUAUUCAGAAGCACAACUGACAAGCAUCAACAGUGCAAGGGAACAAGCUUUCUUAUUGGGUCUACUUGGGAAGAGGGAAUUCCGUGGCAUGACGUUUUAUAUUGGACUUAGCGAUCAUUUCAAAGCCUAUUCAUGGGAAGAUAAUUCUCAAGUUACUUUUACAAACUGGGAUCAAGGCGAACCGAAUGGUGAAUAUGAAAGAUGCGUUGAGAUGUUAAAUACUGGAAACAGAGCAGGGAAAUGGAAUGAUGUGCCUUGUUGGAAAGAACUCGGUUUCAUCUGCAAAUCUAAGAAAUCAAUGCAUUUUCCUACAAUCCCUCCUGUGGCAGACAAAGAGUGUCCCCAUGGAUACAAGUAUUCUUUUGAUAGCUGCUACAAGCUCGUUCAAUCGGAUAUGACUUGGGAUAUGGCGCGAACCACGUGUCAAAUAGACUCCGCUGACCUAGUUUCAGUGGGCACUGUUUAUGAACAGGCUUUCAUAGAAGUAUUCACAAGCCAGCUUCAAUCUGCUCCUUUCUGGAUUGGUCUGAAGAAGAGCGAGGUAUCUGAAGACAUGGUUUGGGCGGACGGUUGGCCCUUUGAUUUUACAAACUGGGCAGAAGGGCAGCCUAGCAUUGUGACAGAGAAAAAAUGUACAGUUUCCCAAAACAACCGGUGGAAGACAUCAGCAUGUGAUUUAAAAAUGUCAUUUCUAUGCGAAAAGAGUUUAGUCGUACCGCAAACUAUUCCACCGCCUGGAAUUUGCCCUGUUGGAAUGCAUUUACAUAUGAAUAUGUGCUACUUCGUGGAACUGGAUAAUCCCUUGUCAUGGACUUUGGCCAGAGACACCUGCGUUGAGAAAGAAAUGAAUCUUGUAAGCAUUCGUGACAUAGAUGAGUUGAAUUACGUGAAGGGUUUGAUACAUGACCUUUCUACAGAGCCCACUCCAAACGUAUGGAUAGGAUACAAUAGGCUGGAAGGCAACAAAAUACGACCAGAUCUUUAUUAUUACGGAUCUGACUAUGAAGGUGCGUCUGAUUACUUGGAAUCGCCUGCACAAAUCUUUCAGUGGGUGGACGGAACGCCAACUGGAUUUGAGAACUGGAAUGAAAAUGAACCUUCAUCAGCUUGGAACAACGAAGACGAACAAUGCGUGGAAAUGUACAGUAGCGGGAGGUGGAACGACCUCAACUGUAAGGCGUACAACAGACCUUAUAUAUGUAAAGGACAGUCACAAACAGAGGUGACCACAUUUACAACAUCGAAAACAGAGGAAACAACUGCAACGGAACCGGAAACGACGACCACCGUAAUUGUGUCGAAGGACCAAUCAUCGACAAGCAUGACAGAAGAGGUUUCUACCUCUUCCGGAAAAAAUCCUUUGCAUUACUUUGCAAGGAGAACACAGCCGUUGCCGCAUAAAGAAGUCGUCACUGGCUUGUCCACUGGAGAAAUAAUGGGUAUUGUUAUUGGAAUACUAGGAUUGAUUUUAAUGGGAGGGGCUGUAUACUUUACUGCCCGACAACUGAUGAGUGCUACCUAUAAUACAAAGGGAUGGGCUUUUACUAACGCCCUUUAUCGGAGAUCUGCAGAUACUGUGUCUAUGUCGGAGGACAACAGUCUUUCAGGGUCAACCAUCAAGCUAUGUACACUGAAGAAGUGAUAAUAUAUAUAAAUGAACACAACGUGUUUGUCGUCUUGAUGUAGUCUUGUUUAACAUCUUUUUUUUAUGAAAUAUAGUGCUAGCCCAUGACAUAUAUUUACUAUUAAAUAUACAGUAGACCUUCAUAUCACGAUUCCUGAAUGUAUAUCACUUCGAAAUUUGUUAUCGCUACAAUGCAAAGAAAUUACAAAAUUAAAAAAGUUCCUUUCGGCACAUCAUAACUACUAUUGAACUAUACAUAACAUAAAAAUGAUAAUAGCUUACUUUGUAUUAUAAGGUUUUUUUUCUUCGUGUGUCUUUUGUUUGUCUUUUUUUCUUGUAUGGUAUGAACGUCUUUGUUGACAUCUAUACGAUAUCAACGAUUCCGGAAAUUUACAAUUAGGUUUUAUUCUAUAGUAGUAUGCCUGGUAGGUUAGAUACUGUAACACAGUGUUUCACUUAAUCAAAAGACGCUGAUUUUACACUACAUAACUAUCCUGUUUUUAAUAUACCAUGCGUAAAUGUAUGUUACUCUAGACUUAAUUUGAUAGAUAACAAUAUCUGUAUAUAUUUCUUCAUUUAAGGGAUGUGAGAUAAUAUUAACAAAUCUAUUUACAUGUCAAGAAAUAUGCUGUAAGUGUGUUCGUAUGUGUACGGGAAUGUAUUUGCAAUAUGUUGUGCAAGAUGUGCAUUUGCAUGCAUGGGUUUGCAAAUGGAAACGUUUGAAAAUAAAAUUGACAAGUUUAGAAUUAAAACAAUAUACAAACAUUGUU